CCUUGACGGACUGGUGUCACGGUUACACUGGACGGCUAAAGAAUAUGCCCUUGAUUUCCUCUGUGAGGUGAAGCGCUAAUAGGCUAGUCAACAAAGUCAGUUUAUAAUAAUACUAAUAAUUUGAUUGUUUGGAUCAGUGCAUUUUCCGACAUGGGGCUUCCAGAUGAGGCGAAGGUCCUUCCACCUCCAGGAAUAAUAAACCGAAACUCUGUCUGGCUCGGUCUUAUCGGCUGGUGCUCGGCGAUGCUACAGAAUGCCCUCAACCGUAGGCCGCCCAUGAAAUCAGGUAGGGUUAGCUAGCUGGCUAGCUCACGUUAGCAUCGCCUAGCACAAGCCGCUAAACAAGAUUACCGUAACUAACUGUUAGCUAGCUAGUUUGAUCUCAACCGAGAGCCAGGUCAAGCCAUUUAAUGUAAUAGGCUUUAUAAUGCCCAGCUAACUGUUUUUUAAUGAUCAAACAAAUUUAACGAUUAACGUUAUCCGGCUAGCUAGCACCGUUGCCUACAAACACAUACGUUAACUGGUAGUUAGCUUGACAGCUGGCUACAAACAUCAGAACACUGCUUGACAGCUUCCAUUCUUAACAAAAAUUCACUGUCUAGUGUAAAUGAAUGUUCAAUAAGGUAACGUUGCAUAAUAACACUGCAUUUAUGGAAAAAUUGAUUUUUGUAGUCUGCAAUAAUAACUGACAUCGAUUGGUCUAUGAAAUGUGGCCAUUCUGUCGACUGACAUCAUAUCAGUCAUGUCAGGAUGUCUUAUAGCGUCGAUGCAACCCAGAUCGUUUUUUACAUUUAAAAAUUCCUGGUUUCAUCGAAACUAGGUGUGUUAUUGUGUGUAGGCAGGCUCCUUGGCUGUUCAGCGUAACAGUAUGGUGAAUUAGCUAAAUUGUAUCAAUAAUAUGCCAUUUAGCAGACGCUUUUAUCCAAAGCGACUUACAGUCAUGUGUGAAUACAUUUUUACGUAUGGGUGGUCCCGGGGAUCGAACCCACUACCCUGGUGUUACAAGCGCCGUGCUCUACCAGCUGAGCUACAGAGGACCACAAAUCUACACAUGAAAAUAGGCUCUCUAGGUAUUUUAAUAAUAUAGAAAUUACACUUUACCAGGCUGAUGUAGGCUAAUACUAGUUACAGACUGUACACCAAAAUGUGAUUUAACCCCCCCAAAUUGGUAUCUAUUAUACUGGGAGUUACAGGUCUGCCAAUGCAAAACGUUGCCAGAUAUUUUUUUAACCAACCAGGUAUUGGCAAUACUAUCUAUGUUCUCGAUUCGUGGAAACUGGAGUCUCAUGAAAUGACUGUGUACAGUUGCACGGGGUCCGUUUUUAAUUUUGAAUAAACCUCUUAUUAAAAUAAAUGUUUUGCUCCAUGAAUUAAUCCAACAAUGUGUACACCGCCAUCUUGUCUAUUACAAAUCUUCUCUCAUUGAUCGAUGACCGGUGAGUGUCAUCGUCACAUGCAGCACUUUGGGGUGGACCCACCUGUCUCGAUCAAUGACAGAAGAUUUGUUGGAUUAUUUAAUGAAGCAAAAAAUGCUCCUAUUUUAUGUCAUUUUAUAUCAGUCUCAAUGUACUUUUGUACUUUUGUCAUUGUCUUUGCAGGUGUUCACCGGCAAGCCUUGCUGGCAUCUAUUGGUUGGUUCAUUGGUUACCAUGUCACCAAACACGAGAACUACACAUACGCUAAACUGGACCGGGACAUGAACGAAUAUGUACGACUCCACCCAGAGAACUUUUCAGACAAAGGUAAAUGGAUUGGACUGAUGUCCACAUAGGAAGACAUGAAUGAUCUGUGAUCAAGACGAGUCAGUCGCUAGGCUAGAUUCUAUCAACAACACCCCAAGCCUUCAUAAUGUUCUCAUGGACCAGCAGAUAAAUAAAACAGCCCUCCAGGCUCUAGUUGUGACCCCAAGAAAUACCUACUAUCCUACACCAAAUGUUACGUCAUUGGCACGUUUUAUGUUAUUGAUUUCUUUAAAAUGAAUACGGCAUUGACAUGCACAGAGCAAUCAACCCAGCUCGUUUCACAAAACUCGGGGCAACUCACUGAUUGUACGUACGUCAGUCAUUUUUAAUUCAGUAUUUAAUCAAGUGGGUUUUCUUGUGUUUGAUCUCCACAGAGAAGAAGACAUUUGCUGAGAUCGUGGAGCCUUUUCACCCAAUUCGCUGAGUGUAGGAGGUUGGCUGAAGGAGAGGAGAGAACAUUUGAACAGAAUACCACCUGUCUCUGUAGUCCCCUGUUGGUGUUAAUGCGAUCACCCAUUACAUUACGUGAAAUCUAAAGAGUCUUGUAUAUAAUAAAACAAAUCCUACUCAAAUAAUGUGCUCUUGUUUGCACAGAAUAUUAUUCCUCUCCAAUAAAGUGGGUGUCAUUGUGUUCCAGA